AUGAAAUUCCUCAAAUCUUUUUUGUUGGCUGCUGUCAAUCUGCCCUCGUUUGUCUUCGCGGCCUGGGGCUACACGGAUAAUGGAAGUGCAUAUGUCAUUGACACUGGAACCGCUCUUGUGUUCGCAGUGUCAAAGAGUAACGGAGACAUCACUUCCAUGAAAUACAAUGGUGUAGAGUACAACGGCUAUGGGGGAAAGAACUCGCACGUGCAAAGUGGCUUGGGCGCAUCUACCGUGACCAUCCAACAAUACACAACACCGGCGAACAUCAUCAAGGUGACAGUGGUAUACGGUACCCUGAUUCAGACAUAUAUCGCAAGAUAUGGUAACGCCAACAUUUACAUGCUCACCAAUAAAGGAGAUGCCUCCGUUCCCGCUCUUCGCUACAUCGUCAGAAUCCCGCCAGGACGUCUUCCAAGGCCUCUUACAGAUUCGGAUUACUACGACCCAGGCUCUACAAUCGAGGCUUCAGAUAUCUCUUUGAGCAGUGCAAACGGUUACACGAAAUCGAAGCAUUACCAGGGAAGCAACUACGGACGUACGAUCGACUAUGACUACGUGGGAAAGUCCACUUCAAGUGUCGGAGUGUGGCUCAUCCGAUCAAACCGUGAAAAGGCUUCAGGUGGACCAUUCUUCCGAUCUUUGACCCGUGGGUGCUCCCCGGAUGCAGAGGAUCUCUAUGAGAUUCUUUACUACAACAUGGGUACAACUGAUCCCGAACGCUGGGGCUUGCAAGGUCCUUACGUUCUCUCCUUCACCAACGGCGCUACCCCUAACACUGCUCUAUUCGCUCGCAAAGCUGAUUGGUCUUGGAUGGACACGCUCGGUAUCAAGGGAUGGGUGCCCAAUUCUGGUCGAGGAAGCGUUGCCGGUGUUGGAAUCGCAAACAUGAAGUCCGGCUACACCUACGUCGCAGCUCUCUCGAACUCCAACGCUCAGUAUUGGGGAACUGCCAAUCCAACUACAGGAGCUUUUAGCAUUGCCAAGAUUCUUCCUGGCACGUACACGUUGACGAUCUACAAGGGCGAACUCGGAGUCUAUACUUCAAGUGUCACCGUUACUGCCGGGGGAAAAGUAGCACUGAACACCAUCACGCCAGCCGACGUAUCCGAUACCGUGGCCAUCUGGAGAAUCGGAGAGUGGGAUGGAACACCCAAGGGCUUCACCAACUUCGACAAGACCCCUAUGCUGCCAACAUACAUGCACCCUUCCGACAAGCGACUUGCAUCAUGGAACCCGCCCAACUACAUCGUCGGCACCUCAACUGCUGUCGGCUCCAUGCCAGGAUACAUAUGGUCCGACGUCAACAAUGGGCACCUGAUCUACUUCAAGCUCUCGGCCGCUCAAACCGCAACAGCCCACACGGUCCGCAUCGGCAUCACCCAAGCCUACAUCAACGGCCGUCCCCAGAUCAAGAUCAACGGCUGGACGAGUAGCAUCCCUUCUCCGUCCUCGCAAGCCUCCACCCGCAGCUUGACGGUGGGAACCUAUCGCGGCACCAACGCCAUCUUCACUGCAACGUCGGCCUUCUUGGCUGCCGGUACCUUCAAUGUCAUGACCAUCAACGUCGUCAGUGGCAGUUCGGGCACCGGCUACCUCAGCGCGGGUAUCUCGAUCGACGCCAUUGACUUUCUCUGA